UUCUACUCAUCUUCUCUGUCUACAGUCCGGCGGGGCUCAAAGCAGCAAAAGAGGGCAGCAACAUGGGCAAGAGAGGGCAACAACAUGGGCCAACUUGGAAUUGGCUCGAGCAGGCCCACGCCACAGGAGGGAUUACAGCAGAUUGGAUUGUGGCAAUUUCCAGCAUUUCGUUCUUCAUGCAGAGCCCGUCGCCCGCUGAGUGGUGCUCAAUAUGCUCGUGAUGCCGUCUCUGCUACCCGUGUGCCCGCCAACCCUCACUCUGCGUGCUCUGCGCCUGCGUGCUCUGCGCCUGCGUGGCACCUGUGUCUGCGCUCUCCUCGGCGGUGCGCCCUCCUCGGCGGUGCGCCCUCAGCGUCCGGAUGCAUCCCCUGGUCGUCGCAGCGGCAUCCCUGUGUUCGCGCUGCAUUGGCCGUCGCCGAUCGCGGGAGGAUGGCAUUGGCCACGCGCUGCUCGGCUGAAGACCGCAUCUGAGACCAACUUGAAACCACAGCCUCCCGCGAGAAUACAAAUCCACGAGCCUCAUCGCCAGAACCAUCCAGCAAGCGCCCCCCACACGCUACAUUCGGGUGCCGGUCGCCCUCCAAAGCCGAGACUUCGUAUCGUGUGCCUCGCCAUCUGCACCCGUCAGAUUCAGGAACCGAUCUCAGAGGCUGACAUGUACUGCUUACGGGCUUGUCUACCACAUGCAACUAGCAUCCUUUCCCCAUCGACCCGCCAGGUGCCAUCUUGUGCGUGUCACCUCUAACCCUGCAUCCUUAAAGCUUGACCAUGUCCCAAAAGGUACCCCG